GGUAACGGGGAGCGCGCGGUGCCGGGGAAGAACAGUUGCCCUGGAAGAAUGGCAGAAGCAGUUUUCAACACCCCAAAAAGGAAAAGAAGAGUGUGUGAGAAUUAUGAGUCUCCACUGCCAAUCCCUUUUGGUCAGGACCAAGGUCCUAAGAAGUUCAAAAUAUUCAGUGCCGAAAUGAUUAACAACCACGUGGUUGUGAGGAACCCUGAGGACAUUGAGCAGCUGUACAGGAAAGGCUACUUUGGAAAAGGUAUUCUUUCCAGAAGCCGUCCGAACUUCACAAUUUCGGAUCCUAAGCUGGUUGCUAAAUGGAAAGAUAUGAAGACAGACUUGCCUGUAAUCACAUCAAAGAAGUAUCAGCUUCGUGUAGAAUGGGCUGCAAGUCUCAUGCGUAGACAGGGGCAGGAUCAGGAAACUGUGCACAAGAUCCUUAAGGAAUACACAAAACCCCUUGAACAUCCUUGUAUCAGAAGGAAUGAAGAGGUUCAAUUGCAUGAUGCACUUAACCCUGAGGUAGUUUCCACCCUGGGAAGCACAGUGGCGACGGAGAAACUUUCUGAGAUGAGUGAAGACUCUGGACAGUCAGCCGAGGUGGACAAUCCCAGCAAGCACUCAGACUGUCUGCAGGAGAACUCUGGGAGUGACCCACUCACCACCAAGAGCCUCAGUGCACGCAUGGUAGAAGACACCACCCCUCUGCCCCAAGAUGCCCUCAUCCCCCUGCAUGGCCUUCAGCCUGAGGACGGUGGUCAGCCAACAGGUCUUACCUGUGCUGGAGAGGGGGUGUCUGACCAUGAGUAUGUGCUCGUGGAAGAAGAGGUGUGUGAUGUGAGCGAGGGGGAGGAUGCCCCAGAUAAGGAAGCGGUGCAAAGACAGAAAUUAACAUGCAGAAGAAACCCCUAUAGGAUCUUUGAGUAUUUGCAGCUCAGCCUAGAAGAGGCUUUCUUCCUAGUCUAUGCCCUGGGAUGUCUCAGUAUUUACUAUGAGAAGGAACCUUUGACAAUAGUGAAACUCUGGCAAGCUUUCACUUCAAUUCAGCCCACCUUCAGGACCACCUACAUUGCCUACCACUACUUCCGAAGCAAGGGCUGGGUGCCCAAAGUGGGACUCAAGUACGGGACAGAUUUCUUGCUAUAUUGGAAAGGCCCUCCAUUCUACCAUGCAAGUUACUCUGUCAUUGUGGAGCUUGUGGAUGAUCACUUUGAAGGCUCCCUCCGCAGACCGUUCAGUUGGAAGUCGCUGGCCACCCUGAGCAGAAUUUCAGUCAAUGUCUCUAAGGAGCUUAUGCUGUGCUAUUUGAUUAAACCCUCUACCAUGACUGACGAAGAAAUGGAGUCCCCAGAAUGUAUGAGAAGAAUUAAAGUUCAGGAGGUGAUUCUCAGCCGAUGGGUUUCUUCACGAGAGAGAAGCGACCAAGAUGAACUUUAAUGAUUCAACCUCAGAUUUCUGAUUUCACCAACAACCAUUCAUUGAACCUUCCACAAUAUACCAAGUUCAGGACUAGGUAAAAAGUCCUUCCAUUCUAAUCAUCCAUCAAUUUGAAAGUUUUAAAGGGCAUGAUGUGCUCAGUACCAGAAAACUGCUAGUGGUUUAAAAGAUAAAACUACGUAGGGGAGGAAAAAGAGGCCUGGCUGGAGCCACAAGGUCUGUCCUCGAGUCAGUUGCUGGCUGAACCUUCCUGGCCCUGACCUGGGUCUUCAUCCAGUCCCUGCAGUGGUCAGACUAGAUGAGUCCAGAGAGGGCUCUCCUAGCAACAGGAAAGUCUGAUCUCUGAGUUUACACAAAAAUGAUAAUAACUUACAUUUAUACAGCACUCUGGAGCGUAUUCAUACACAGAUACCUCUUGUUCUUCACUACUAAUCUGUUACAGAGAGAGCAUCAAAGAGCAACUUUGGGGAUCCCAGGACCCCAUGUUCCACUCCAUUAAAUGGAAAAAGUAUGAAUGCAUCUCAGCAUAUCCAAGGACUUGUAACUGGUAAGUCCUUGGAUUUAAAAUUCUGUCUGGGUGCAGAGCUCACACCAGCAAUUCCAUUUACUCAGCAGGAGGAUCCCAAGUUCAAGAGCAGCCUCAGCAACCUAGUGACACCUUGCCUCAAAAUAAAAAAUAAAAAGGACUAGGAAUCUAUCUCAGCAGUAAAGCUUAUCUGGGUUCAGUUCCCAGCAUUUAAAAAAAAGGUGGGUGGCUGGGGUUGUGGCUCAGUGGUAGAGCACUUGCCUGGCAUGUGUGAGGUACUGGGUUUGAUUCUUAGCACCACAUAUAAAGAAAUAAACAAAAUAAAGGUCUAUUGACAGCUAAAAAAUAUUUUUUAAAAGUUGACUAUCUGCCAAAGAUUUUUUGUAUCAAAGAAAACCUUUAAAACUUCAAUUAUUGAAUUGCUUAAUUCUCAGUGAACUCAUUGGGUAGGUUUGUAUGCAGAACACUAUCACAAUAUAGCUAAAAAUUCUAUCUUGCUUUGGGGAACUUGUAAAAUAAAAAUUAUGUGAUGAAAUAAUGUGUAUGGAGACACAUCAUAAAUGCAGUUAACAUGUAGGAAAAUACAAUAAACAAAGCCUUUGUUUAGUUGGUAAGAAAACAAGGAUCAUCAAAACUACACUGAGAUUCCAUCUGACUCCAGUCAGAAUGGCAGUCAUCAAGAAUAUAAGCAACAGUAACUGUUGGCGAGGAUGUGGGGGAAAAGUACACCCGUACGUUGCUGGUGGGACUG